GUCUUUGUCUUCUCUCUCUUGUAACUCUCACAUAGGAAAGAAAAAAAAAACACAGCCGGUGUGUGUCCCUCCCCUUCCUCGUUGCAGAAAAACAUGAACGGCGGUGUCGGGUCUGGUUCUAGGGUUCCGAUGAUUCCCAACAAUGCACGGAAAACCAUCCAAGACAUCAGAGAAAUCACCGGAAAACUACACUCCGACGAUGAAAUCUACUCCGUCCUCAAGGAAUGCUCCAUGGAUCCCAAUGAGACAGCUCAGAAGCUUCUCUAUUUAGAUACUUUUCAUGAGGUAAAAAGGAGGCGUGAUCGAAAGAAGGAUGGAUUGAGCAGCAGGGCUUCUGAGGAGUCUAGGUUGAAGCCAGGUGGACAGGGGAGGGGGGGAAGGGGUGCUUCAGGGGGCUAUUCCUCCAACUUACCUGAUGGUGGAGGAGGGAGGAGUCUUGCUAUUCGAAGGGAAAAUGGAGUCAAUCACACUGUGGAGAGAAUUCGUGCUCCCUCUACUCAUCAAGAUUUGCUGAAAAAAAAUAAUACAGCAUCUCAAGGCAGAAGGGGCCCAUCUGUUGUAUCCCGUGGUGCUGUAAAUCAAUCCAAUGCGAAGUCUGGUCAUGGUUCUGCUAGCCAAUCUCUCGUAGGUAGUGUAGUGACUGUCCCAAAAAGCAGUUCCGCUGCUAAUGGCACUGUCAAUCAAGAAAAUCUCCGACCUCAAGCUGCUGCUGUAGCUGCUUCCCCUGAUCAAACCUUUGUCUCAGUUUCCAGCAUUGACCAAGAAAAGUCUCUGUCAAGUACUGAUCAAUCUCAAACUUCUGUGUCUGGUGUCUAUUCCCCUUCUUCGGAUCCUGUACUGGAACCAUCUAUCUCCCGGAAUCAUGGUGUUAAUGGUGCUAUUAGUAGGGAAGUUGGGAGUAACCGGAUAUCUGCUGGGCCAAAUCAUGUAAUGGGAAACAAACUUCAAGAAGAUGGUGAUUUAUCAGCAUCCAACAAUGAAAACUCAGGGUCUAUGAAUUCAACAAGCAACUUGAAUGCCACACAGAAGUCAAAUGAAGUUAUAAAUAAUCAGUUACCUGAGCCCUCACAACUCUCAUCCCCUCCAUCUCUGAAUGGUUCUUUGAGGUCAUCUUCCAGUUGCAGUACUGAACUGCCUCCAGCAGCGGAUGUCACAGAGGUUUCAACUUUAGAAGCUUGUGUGCAAUCUUCAGCUGAGUUGAGGCAUGUUACUUUCCCCAAUCAUUUCCAAGUACCUAAGGCUUUAAAAAGUGGUCUGACAUUUGGAAGCUUUAAUAAUACUUUUGGUCAAAGUGAAAGAUCCAGCAGAGGAACUGGUUGCGAAAAUAAUGCUUCUCCUGUUCUCGAAUCUUCUCUAGGGAAUGACGAAGCUGCUACUUCUUGCAGCAACCAAAGUGUGUCAUUGACUGCAGAAGGAGAUCAUCUUGAUUAUUCACAUCCCCCAACUUAUCUGAUUAAAAACACACCAGCUUCAGAAGGCACUUCUAUAACUGUUACUGACCCCAAGAUUGAUCAGCCGAAGCAGGAGGUACUGUUAGCACCUGAGGGCCAUCCAAAUCUGACUGUUCAAAGUGCUCAAAACUAUGGUUUGAAUUUCAUGUCCACUAUGUUAGGGACUCAGCAAGUUCAAUUUGAGGGAUCUGAGUCUCAAGCCCAAGAAACAUCACGUUUUCCGAACUUUGUUAGUUCAAGUUCUCAAGCUGUGUCCCCUAGUUCAACUCCACCUCUGCAGAACUCUAUACCUGUCUCUCCACAUCCAGCUUCUAUUUUCAGGCCACCAUACCCAGCUAACUUCUUCCCAUAUGGCCCCUAUUACCCCCCAUUUUAUUUGUCUCCAGUACACCAAUUUUUAACCCACAAUGGUUUCCCUCAACAGCCAUCAGCUGGCAACAUGUAUCUACCUGCAGCUGCCGCCGCUGCUGCAGCUGCCGGUAUCCAAUUCCCUCUUCAUCCGCAAUACAAGACGGGAGCAAAUACAGGAAAUGCGGCUCAUAUUGGAAUUCCUUCUGGAUCAUUCAUCACUCCAUCUGUUGGAUAUGCUCCUAGUCCGGCAGUGAAUACUGGAACCUCUGCUGGAAAUGAAGAUCUCUCAGUAUCUCAGUUGAAGGAAAACCAGAUCUAUUCAACUGGACAGCUGAGUGAAGGCUCUCCUAUGUGGAUGCAUGCACCACCUGGCCAAGAUAUGUCCAGUUUGCAAGUUAGUUCUUUGUAUAACCUUACUCCUCAGGGACAACACCUCACCUACCCCCCAACGCAGGGAUUUGCUGGUCUCUAUCAACCAGGACAGACAGUAGCGCCACCUUCUAAUCUUUUGCAGCAGUCUCAGGCUGCGGCGGCCGGGCCGGUUGAAACGUCCAGGCCUCCUUCAGCAACUUAUCAGCAGCAGCAGCAGCCUCAGCCUUCACAGAUUAAUUGGAAUUCUAAUUUUUAGGGUGGAACACAUUUUCUUGGUGCCAUAAUGUUAAAAUGCAUAUAUUUUGUGCUCAGGUCCAGGAAGCAUGAACACUGGACUGAUCAGUGUAAAUAAGAAAUGCGGCUCAAGAAUGAGAAAAGAAAAUUAGCAACUAUUUUUGGUGGAAUAUUUGGUGCUAACGAUUUGAAGGGUGCUAGUUGCAGAUCUUCUUUCUUUUCCUCCCUACACCCCCCCCCCCCCCCCCUCUCUCUCUCUCAUAUUAGAUUUUAUUAUUUUAGUCCUCAGUUUAUUUUGCCCUCACCUAUUCUUCUGCUUCUUAGAAAACAUCAUGUUGAUGCUAUAUUAAACAUAGUCAUUCUCAGUGAUAUUAUACUAAGGCAAUAGUCCAAGAGUAGGUGGGAUUUACCAAUUUUUCCGAUCUGUAUUCUCACCUGUAUAUUAAAUUUUUAUAGCAGAGGAAAUCGAAUUUCAGUUUCUAUUUGGUUCAUGAGAA